CCUCAGCUGAGCGGCCGUGAGCACGGUGGGGGAGUGGUCCGCCGCCAGACGUGAAUCGGACUGCCCGCCGCGGCCGGCCCGGCAGCUGCCUGCGUGAGGAGCAUCGAGACAGAGAGAGCGGCACAGCAGCCGCCGACCGCCGCGCCCACCCUCAGAGCUGGGUGAUCAGAUGGGGCGCCAGUGAGAGGCCACACCAGCCACCAGCGCGCGCCACUGACGGGACAUGAAGCCCCGGUCCUAGCAGUGAACUACUACCGCCCACACCAGCACACAUACACACACAAUGGAUAGUUUGGGCGAGUACGAGUACUCAUCCAAAGAUCUCAUCGGACACGGCGCCUUCGCCGUCGUCUACAAAGGGAAGCUGAAGCAGAACCCAGAGUUUGUGGUGGCCAUCAAAAGCAUCACCAAGAAGAACCUGGCCAAAUCUCAGAGUCUGCUCAGCAAGGAGAUAAAGAUUCUGAAGGAGCUGACCGAGCUGCGCCAUGAGAACAUCGUGGCGCUGCUGGACUGCAAGGAGUCCGCCAACCACGUCUACCUGGUCAUGGAGUACUGCAACGGCGGUGACCUGGCAGACUACCUCCACGCCAAGGGCACGCUGUCGGAGGACACGAUCCGUCUGUUCCUGCGGCAGCUGGCCGGCGCCAUGCGCGCACUCCACGCCAAGGGCAUCAUCCACCGCGACCUGAAGCCGCAGAACAUCCUGCUGUCGCACCACCCCGGCCGCGCGCGGCCGGCGCCCACAGACAUUCGGCUCAAGAUCGCCGACUUCGGGUUCGCGCGCUUCCUGCAGGACGGCGUGAUGGCGGCCACCCUCUGCGGAUCGCCCAUGUACAUGGCCCCCGAGGUGAUCAUGUCGAUCCAGUACGAUCUCAAGGCGGACCUCUGGAGUCUGGGCACCAUCGUCUUUCAGUGUCUGACGGGAAAGGCGCCGUUCCACGCCAACACGCCGCAGGCGCUCAAACAGUUCUACGAGCGCAACGCCAACCUGUCGCCCAAGAUCCCGCAAGGCACCUCGGCUGACCUCAGCGACCUGCUGACGCGGCUGCUGAAGCGCAACGCGCGCGACCGCCUGGAGUUCGACGAGUUCUUCAGCCACCGGUUCCUGCGGCCGGCGGCGGCGGCGCGCGUCAGCUCGGCGCCGGUCAGUGCCGCGCUGCCGGCCGACGCCGGCUCGGCGCCCUCGCCGCUGUCCAGCAGCCCGGCGCCGGCCUCUCCGCCGCCGCAGUUCUCUGCGCCGCCGAGCCCGCGGCCGGGCGCGCUGCCGCCGCCGGUGUCGCGCAGCCCGACGGCGGCGGCGGCGGCGCCGGCCGCGGCCGCUGCCGCCCGCCGUCCGCCGCAGCAGCCGCAGCCAGACGUCGACGAGGAGGGGUUCGUCAUCGUCUCCAGCGACAUGACGGAGGAGCUGCCCACGGCGCGACUGGCCCGUCUGUGUCUCGACAGCGUGCCCUCGGCGGGCUCGGACACGGCGCGGCCCAUGUCCGGCUCGCCGGGCGGACAGCACAGUCUGAUGGCCGAGCCGCAGCCGGUGCCCUCGCAGAAGCACACCUACCAGCUGCUGCGCCAGUCGAGCGGCGGCAGCGGCGGCGGCGGCGGCGGCCCGCGGCCGGCCGGCCAGCCGCCGCCGGCCGAGGUGAACGCCCGCUCCAUGUCGCCGCCGGCCGUGCAGUUCGUGCUGGGCCCGUCGCCGGCCGGUGGCUCGCCGCGCCGCUGGUCGGUGGGCAACUCUCCGCCGCCGGUGCGCAGCCCGGUCAGCCCGCGCCGGCGCAGCGGCCGCCUGACGCCGCCGGCGCUGCCGCCCGUCACCGAGGCGGCCGACCGCAGCCUGGUCAACAUGCGCAGCGUCGACAGCUGCGGCAACAUCAGGUCUCUGGGCGGCCGGGCGAUGACGCUGCCCGAGAUGGCCUGCCACCCGCUGCAGUUUCACCGGUCGCGCACGGACGCCAACCUGCCGUUUCUGCCGCGUCGCGCCGGCCUGCCGCACAACAUGGUGGUGCCCUACCAGAGCGGCGCCGCCAGAGACUCGCACACCAGUCCGCCGCGCGCGCCCGACAACCUGGCCUUCCCGGAGUCGCCGCACAUCACGGCGUUCGGCCCGUCGCCGCCGUCGCUGGAGCCGCCGCUCAUGUUCACGGCGCCCGAACUGCGCGAGGAGACCCUGCUGGACGAGGCGCACAACGAGACGCUGACCAAGCUGAACUUUAUCAUGGCGCUGGUCGGCUGCAUCACCGAGCUGGCAGACAUCAAGGCGACGCCGUUCUCCGCGCUGGCCGAGUCGGUGAGGGUGGAGGCGCCGCCCAGCGAGCAGCAACGCAAGCUGGAGCAGCUGAUGCUGCACGCCAAGGCGCUGCAGCUGCUCUCGUCGGCGCUGUCGCUGGCCAAGGAGCAGCUGCGCGCCGGUCAGCUGGAGCCCACCGUGGCCGUCCGGAGAGUGCUGCACCAGAUGAACGACACGUUCCGCCGCUGUCUGCAGGCCUGCCAGCACCUCAACCAGGGCAACGUGGUCGAAAAGUCCGGCCUCGACGUGUUCUCGUGCCACGUGCAGGCCGACAAACUCAUCUACGAGCACGCCAUCGAAAUGUGCCAGCAGGCGGCACUCGAUGAGCUGUUCGGUAAUCCCAACGAGUGCUUCCACCGCUACCAGACGGCGCACAUCCUGUUGCACGCGCUCUCACAGCAGACCAAGUGCGACCACGACCGCAAGGCCCUCGAGCGCUACAAAGACGCCGUGGAGAAGCGGCUCUUCAUCCUCAAGGAUCACGGCAUUAACAUUUACACGGUGGACAGCGGCGCCAACUGAGCGCGCCGCCCGCCGCUCUGGCCCCCCCCCCCCCCCGACCCCGACCCGUCGCCGUGACCCCCUCUCCCCCCCCCCCCUGGUCUCCUCCCGUGCCGCCGACCGGCCCGCCAACGAUUCCUAGCCCCGAGUCAGCUUCGUGAGCGCCGGCGGCGGAGGCAGCCGCCCGGCGCCGAGCCGCGACCCGUUUCAUAUCUUCAUACAGAGUGGGUCGCCCGGUCGGGCCAUAUACGUGUUUCUGGUGUGUGCUGACCUGUGUGUGGGUGUGUGAGUGUGUGGGUGGGUGGGUGAGGGUAUGUGCGGACCCGAGGAGGGUGGGAUUUGCUGUAACGCGCCGACUGCGGGCCGCCGCGGCCCGUCGGUACAGGAGCGCUCCCCGGCGGCCGCGGGUAGGCCACAGGGCCGGGGAGCGGCCGGCCGGGCGCCGCGCGACGACCGCCCAGUAUUGGUUUGUGGCGGAUCGUCGGGGCCGCCCGGCGGCCGCUCCGAGUAACUGUAGUUAGCGCGCCGUCCGCCGGAUGGCGCCGUGUUCGCGGCAGAGGCGCAGCCGCCGCCGUCUGAGCCAUAUAUCCGUGUGUACCGAUAAUAGAGAGCCGGGACUGUGCGCGGUCCCGGCCGAGCCGCCGCCGCCGCUGACCCGUAUAGUGUCGUUUGUGAUAGUCAUCAUGAGUUGUUUCAGUUCAUGCUUGGUUGUGUACAGCGCUUAUUUCAUUCUCAUACACGAUGAGUACCUGGAUUAUUCCCAGUCAGCACUGUCUAACUGAACGUAUUGUCUUUCGCUCAUUGAAGUUUUAAACAUUGCAUUGCAAUCAGGUAUGCGUGCUGUGUUGCGUUGUCUCAAUUGUAAAAUACCUUCGUUGGAUACAUUGACCGUAGAUGUUAUUUAAAGCUGUACAAAUAAAUGUUGCACACUAUCCUGA